AGCCUGCUUUCUCCCCACGUUUUGGCCGCGCUGCGACGGGACGUCCUCGACGGUUUCCCGGCGCCGCGCCGUCCAUGGCGCCCAAGGUGACCAGAUUUCAUGUUGAGAUUUGAUGUGGUUCUAUGGCAGGACGUUGCUCGGCCCUUCAGUGCUGGUGCCUCUUUUGUUUCUGACGGCAGUCUCUGCGGAUGCAAGUGACGACGGCCAGAGAAACCUCUACCUCCGGCGGACUGCCGAACGGCAGACCUUUAUUGCCGGACAGUUUCACCCUUUGGGCAUCGUCGCACUGCAAGGCUUGGCCGAUGACUUGUACAGAGAAGGCCGUGUCCGAGUUCGACCCGCGGAUUGGACCUGCGGCGACGUUGGUUCCAGUCUGAUGGAUUCUGCCGUGCAGCCGCCCUGUGUGGGCAAUGUCUGCAACGGGCCCAUGGCACGCAAUGGUGAUAUGGCAUCCUGGGACUCCGUUCGGAUCAUCCGAGUGGGCGUCUAUUCACUUUGCUGGUGUCGUCCCAGCUAUGCCUGUCAAACAGCACGGAACUGCUGCGAAGAGGACUCCUCUUAUUCCGAUUGGAUGGGUGAAGUGGAAGUGGCAGGUCCUGCCUGGAUCUCUGUUUCUCCAGUGCUGGGUCAAGGCUUUCGUUUCGAAUUGGAAGGACCUGAAGUGUUAGCAGGUUCCCAUGCUCUUCUGCGGCUCCGCGACACGGGCGGCGCCUGUGGCUUUGUGCCCUUCCGCGAUGAUGAAGAAAAGAGUUCCUUCUCUCUUCUAGAAGCCAAGGAGG